AUGGCAAGUUCUGAGUUGAAGUGGGCUUGGUUUGCUGGGCUUGAACACAGACGUGGAAAUUGCGUAAAGGACGCAGAUGCAGACGUAGAUGAAGGUUUUAACUCUCCCUCUUCUUUUCCAAACUCUCCUGACGAUUCAGACCGUCGCAGUUCAUCUUCUUUAAGGAGAGGGUUGUCAAAACAUUACAAAGGUAAAUCACAGUCAUUCACGUCCUUGUCGGCAGCGUUAACAGUAGAGGAUCUCGAAAAACCCGAGAAUCCUCUCAACGUUAAACUGAAGCAGCGACGGGAGAACUCUCACUGUCGACGGCUCUCCGGAUGUGGAGGUGCAUCGGAGCAAAACUUAGGUGGACACGUCGACGCUUUCCACUCCGGAAACGGUAGGCCGCCGCGACUUUCCGGUAGAGCCCAGACGCUCUCGGCUGCUCAUAUAUCGGCUUUGCUCACUCGAACCUAAACCAAAAAAGUUCUUUAGCUUCUUUUUUUUUCUUUCUCUAAACCGGAACGGAACCGGGUUUCGUUUGGGAAUUGUGUAAAAGUUUAAGUAUGUUGCUCCUUUAAUCGUUUUGUAAUUUUCAGUUUAAUUUAAAUUAACUCAAGCCUACGCUUAAGUAC